UCUCCCUCUCUCUCUCUCUCUCUCUCUCUCCCUCUCUCUCUCUCUCCCUCUCUCUCUCUCUCUCUCCCCUUUCAAUCGCGGGGCUGCGCUCUCCGACUCCACACCGCCAACAGGGAUGCAGCGAGCGCGCUGCGCAGCCUGAAAAAUGGCACCAUCUCGCAUCCCGUGGAUCUAUCCAUCCGUCCACCUCCUGUCCUCCUUGGUUCUGAUAUUUCACGGGGUGACGCCGUGCGGAGCCGUGCGGAAUUACCCGGAGAAUGAAGUUACGCUGCUGGACUCCAUGUCCGCCCUGGCUGACCUGGGCUGGGAGGCUUACCCUAACGAAGGGUGGGAGGAGAUCAGUGUGAUGGAUGAGAGGAACACCCCGAUGAGGACCUACCAGGUGUGUAACGUCAUGGAGGCCAACCAGAACAACUGGCUGAGGACGCGUCACAUCAGCAGAGAGGGAGCGCAGCGCGUCCACAUUGAGAUCAAGUUCACCCUGCGGGACUGUAACAGCCUGCCCGGAGUCCCUGGGACCUGCAAGGAGACGUUCAACAUGUACUACUAUGAGUCCAACAAUGCCAACUUGUGGUUCAUCAAGGAAAGCCAGUAUGUGAAGAUUGACACAAUUGCUGCAGAUGAGAGUUUUACACAGGUGGACGUUGGAGACCGCGUCAUGAAGCUGAAUACGGAGGUGCGCGACAUCAGCAACCUGAGCAAGAAGGGUUUCUACCUGGCCUUCCAGGACCUCGGCGCAUGCAUCGCUCUGGUCUCAGUGCGGGUAUUCUACAAGAAGUGUCCCCUCACGGUGCUUAACCUCGCCCAGUUCCCCGACACGAUAACGGGCGGAGACACGGCGCUGGUGGAGGUCCACGGUGUGUGCGUGAACGCCUCGGAGGAGUUUGAGGCUCCAAAGAUGUACUGCAGUGCAGAUGGAGGCUGGCUGGUUCCCAUCGGGAGGUGUGUGUGCAAACCGGGCUUCGAAGAGAACAAGGACGGCUGCCAGCCGUGCAGACCUGGUACCUACAAAGCUUCAGCCACGGACGCCUACUGCACCAAAUGUCCUCCUCACAGCUCGUCCCCACAGGAACAGGCCUUCGAGUGCGUUUGCGAGAGAGGUUUCUAUCGGGCUGAGACGGACCCACGCUCCAUGGCCUGCACACGUUCUCCGUCUGCUCCGGAGAACCCCAUCUCCACAGCGAACGAAACCUGCAUCACCUUGGAGUGGUCCCCACCCAGGGACACGGGAGGCAGGGGGGACAUCACCUACAGCCUCCACUGCAAGAAGUGCUCCGGGGACAGCAGGAAGUGCGCCCCGUGUGGCAGCAGCAUCCAUUUUGUUCCCAGGCAGUUCGGCCUGUCUUCGGCUACGGUGCUUGUCACCGACCUGCAGCCGGACUCAAACUACAGCUUCACCGUGGAGAGCCAGAAUGGCGUGUCUGACUUAAGUCCGUCACCGAAGGGCACUGUGGUCAUCAACGUGACGACAUCACAGACGGUGAGCGUUGUGUUGAAGGAGAGGCGGAGCAAGGACAGCGUGACCUUGGCCUGGCAGGGUCCAGAGAGACCAGACGGGGCGAUAGUGGAGUAUGAGGUCAUCUACUAUGAGAAGAAUCAGCGGGAGCAGAACUACACAGUGUUGAAGACUCGCUCCAACAUGAUGACAGUGGAAGGGCUGAAGCCAGGCACCACCUACGUGUUCCGGGUCAGGGCUCGAACCGAUGGGGGCUACGGGACCUACGGUGGAGAGAUUGAAUUGGAAACCAGCCACGAAGACGUCUUUGCCAUCGGGGACCCUAACCAGUCCACCAUUCUGGCUGUGUCCAUCGCUGGAGGAAUUGUUCUCCUCAUCUUCCUGGUGACUUGCUUCAUUGUCAGCGGAAGGCACUGUGGAUACAUCAAAGCCAAGCAGGACCCUGAUGAAGAGAAGCUGCAGUUCCAACAUGGCCGAGUCAAGCUGCCAGGCAGCAGGGUCUACAUCCAUCCUCACACCUACGAGGACCCCAACCAGGCUGUCAGAGACUUUGCUAAAGAGAUCGACGCUUCCAACAUCCGCAUAGAGAGAGUCAUUGGAGCUGGAGAGUUUGGGGAGGUUUGCAGUGGUCGGCUGCGCGUUCAGGGAAAGACGGAGAUCUACGUGGCCAUCAAGAGUCUGAAGGCGGGAUACUCUGACAAACAGAGGAAGGACUUCCUGUCUGAGGCCUCCAUCAUGGGACAGUUUGACCACCCAAACAUCAUCAGGCUGGAGGGUGUCGUGACAAAAUGUAAACCAGUGAUGAUCAUAACGGAGUUCAUGGAAAACGGAUCUCUGGAUACUUUUCUCAAGAAACAUGACGGCCAGUUCACAGUGAUCCAGCUGGUGGGCAUGCUGCGUGGCAUCGCCUCCGGCAUGAAGUACCUGUCAGACAUGAGCUACGUUCACCGAGACCUGGCGGCUCGGAACAUCCUGGUCAACAGCAACCUGGUGUGUAAGGUGUCCGACUUUGGCCUGAGUCGAGUUCUGGAGGACGACCCAGAGGCUGCCUACACCACAAGGGGAGGAAAGAUCCCCAUCAGAUGGACGGCUCCAGAGGCCAUCGCCUACAGGAAGUUCACUUCUGCCAGCGAUGUGUGGAGUUACGGCAUCGUCAUGUGGGAGGUGAUUUCAUACGGAGAGAGACCCUACUGGGAGAUGUCCAACCAGGAUGUGAUCAAAGCAAUAGAUGAAGGUUACCGCCUUCCCGCUCCCAUGGACUGUCCUGUUGUGCUGCACCAGCUCAUGUUGGACUGCUGGGAGAAGGGACGCAGCGACAGGCCAAAGUUUGGACAGAUUGUCACAAUCCUGGACAAGCUCAUCAGAAACCCAGCCAGCCUCAGAGAGCUGGCCAACAGCUCAGCAUGCAGGGAGGACCCGUCCACCCCAGAGUUCAGUGUGAACACAGUGGAUGAGUGGUUGGAGGCCAUCAAGAUGGGCCAGUAUAAGGAGAACUUUUCCAGUGCUGGAUAUGUCAGCUUGGACUCAAUCCUCUACAUCAGUGUCAGUGAACUGGCAAAGAUGGGUGUGACUCUCGCCGGGCACCAGAAGAAGAUUUUGUCUAGCGUGGAGAACCUGCAGAGCCAGGGGACGCACGUCCAAGUCUAACAAUCUCCCCACAAACACACAGUGAGACAGAGCCGAGAAUGGAUGCUCCUGAUAUGGAGUUUCCCCACUGAAUUGGAGUUGUUACGGAUACUCUGUGCUCGGGCCUUCGCUCAUUUUGAGAUGCACUGAGACAGAGACAACAUGGACGCUUACCUCCUUCACCAGUUUCACUGUUCUUCCCAUCCUCCAUGGGCUUUAGCACCACAGCCACCAUUACAGAGCAGCAGAGAGACACACCGCAGACCAUUUCACAACAUAUCAGCUCAACAAAGAGAAAAAAAAUAAAAAUCAUAACAAAAGAAGCGAUACAAAAAAAGUUAGAAUAUAAUGAUCAUCAAUGUCUGUGAGGUGUACAUUUUUUAUUUUUUUAACUGUCCUUUUGUUUUCCGUUUUCACCUUGAAGAGCUUAAAAAGGGUCAGAAGAAAUGUAAAUGUGUAGAUAUAUGUUUAUAUGGGCUGUGUGUGCCACAACGGUAGAGAUGGACCUAAUGUUUGUAUUGGUGGUGAGGUUUAUAUUGCUCAACCUUAACGGGAGUUCUUCCCUAGUAAAUGUAAGGCCCCCUCCAUUGUAUACAGAAAGCCAAUAAGUGAGCAGAGAUUAUGAAUGACAUGAAUGUGAAGGGUGAGGGUAUCCGAAAAACUGGACCUUUAGAGAUAGAGCUGUAUCUCGAUUGUGUUAGCUCAUGUAGGAUGGAAGUAAUAGUCCUGUAAAUUGUGUAUUUAACCAGGACAAGGGCUUCUCCAGAGACUAAGACACACUUCCAUAGCAACUAGACUCAGUGCACCUUUGCUUGUCUGCUUGCACUUGUGAUGCAUCAAGGUGCAAAGAAACAGUCAGCCGCAGUUAUCGCAGGUACAUUUUUCUUCUUCCAUAAGUGACUGUCUAUUCCAAACUACAUUGUUUAUUCAGCCGUUACAGUGGGAUGACGUCUGGAAUAUUUCAGCCCAACGAGUUUACCGUCCUAUGUUUCAGGUGUGUUAAGAAAGUUCUGGUGUUUUUGUAUUGGAGGGAAGGGGAGGCCAAGGUCAUCGUAGAGUUGACACAGUUAAGAAUGUGUACCAUGUUUUUCCAGUGUUGUGCCAUGUAAAGUAACCUUGAAAUGUUCACCUGGGCCAUUUAGCACAAUUUCUACAAUACUCCGUCCUUCCUCCAGUUCCUAUGGCUGGAUGCUAAUAUGAGGCCAGUCACAGUAAAUGCAGUGUUUUGUUAAAAUAGUCUCUACAUACACCCUUUUUCCAGCGGGACAAAAUUUCCCCAACACAAGAGGGUACAUUUUACUUAUAAAAAAAGUUGAUUUGUGUGUCUUGUUCUGUCUUAAUUACUUGUUACCUGUGAGGCCGACCUAUUUCAAGCAUCCCUAGUUUCAAACCAACGCUGAUACACUAAAUUUACAACGUGUUUACAGCAAAAAUAAACCAAUUGGUUUGUUAUUGUGUUUUCCCUUAUCAAAGGGAAACUGCUGCUUAUCACAUAAAAUACAAAGUUAGAUAUGUUGGGACUCUCUUGUGCACUGCAUUAAUGACACUGAACCUAGUGUAUUCCCAAACCCAAUUUAAUAUAUGUGGUACUCAAUAGGACCAAAAGUGGCAAAAAGGUACAGUAUAUAUUAUUGUAUUAUAAUGUAAAAUAUGUACAGUGUUGAUUUAAAAUGUUAGAAUGUUUGUAAUGACAACAAUGAUGAUGACUAUGAUGUACUUUUAUUGUGAAAGAGAUUUCUGAAGUUCUCGUUCAGGGGCAGGUUACACAGAAGAAAAGUGAAGGGAGGGCAUUUGUUGGUAUGAACAAUUAAAGGAAUGUAGCAUGGUGCGAAGCGUCAGCUUUGAUUGACAGGUGGCAGUGACUGCAGCUCUACCAUAUUGUUAGAAUGAGUAGAAUGAAACUUUCCUUGUGGAUACUCGAGCUUAAUUUGCAUAUCCCCCUUAAACAGUAAUUACAUGCACUUUUUAAGCCAGUGUCCUUAAAAAAUAAUGCUCACUUACAAAGGUUACUGCAAGGAUGGAAGUGAAGGGUCUGAGAUUAGACAUUUCCUUAGAUCAAAUUUCUGUCCGCAAACGCUGAAAUUAAACAUCAGCUAAACUCCGCCCCAAAAAUAAAUUGUCCAAUCAUACGUUAGCAACCGUAGCUAGGAACGGAAGACCUUUCAAGCAUAUCCGCUGCAUCCUGGAGCAAGUUGUAUGUACUAAGAGCGUCACUUGGCAUAGGAAGACUUUGAAGGGUGGUAACCUUUUUCAGCAUUUCAAAAACCAAUAUGCACGGGCAAAAGAGUAAGGAUCUGAAGAAAGGGGUGUCGAUCUGUUCUAGUGUGAACUGCGAUGGUUACCAUGUUGUGCUAACUCACUAGCAUCAUUAAUUAACUGGGUUAUUUGUUAUUGGGGUUACAUUCUACACAAAAUAAAAGUCCCGCACAAGUAGCUCUUCAACCGCUCGUAUUUCUCCUCUCACUUGAAGCUGGUAUUGGAUGCUUUCAGAGUUAAGGUCAAGGUCGGCUGUUGUCGAAACCUAUUAUUGGAUUCUUUAGGUUAACGCCAGAGGAAACCCAGCCUACAGCCAGGGAGACAGCGCUUCAUGUACAAGCACACUGGCUGGUUUUUUUUUCCCUUGAAAUGUUAAAAAUGGACCGUGUUGUUGAAAAUUAAAGUGUGACCCCUCUUUAACCUUUUUGUACAGGGUUUUCAAUUUAAAACAAGUUAGCGGGAAACAUAAAAAAAUGAGCAAAAGACAGUGUUUUUAAGGAACUUAUGGAGGUAAAAUAAGGUUAGAUAGCUUAGCCAGUUAGCUACAGCUAUCGGAUAUGUUUUUGACAGUGGUUGUUUUAGCCAGGAUGAAAUAACGUCAAUGUCUAAAAAUGUCUUUAUUUGUUUAUACUUGCCAGAAAUCAAGGAUUUAAAAAAUGACUUUUGGCGCCUAACUUGCGGCUCUGCCAUUCGACAGCAAAAAGCUUAGUAACUGUUUCCAUGAGGGCCAUAUCUGGUGCUCAGCCUCAGUCGGUCAAAGAGUGAACAUUUCAACCACUACGAGGGUUUUGUAUGUUUUCAGCCUUAUUGUUUGAGAAUACAAUAAAAAUGUAAUUUAAUUCGGAGAGCAUGAAACUACAUUCUACUCUUGCUAACUCCAUGAUUUCACUCUGGCGGACUACUCUUGACCGCCGGCCUUUUAGAUGCCUUAUUCACUUUUGCCCUAUAGAGGCAAUAUUAAGAGUAAAGUAUAUGUACAGGUAGUAUUUAUCUGUGUUCUUAGGAUGACGUUACAUUAACACCUUUGGUUUUGUAACAUCCCAGAGACCCUUUCUUCAAAAAGACCUUCUCUUUGAAACCUCUAAGCAGAACAAAGUAAACAUGUCGUAUCACAAAUCUUAAAGCUCUUCACCUGUAAAAAUAAAAAUAGAAAUUGAUUGUUUCUAUUUAUUUUCAUUCAGUCAUAAGACAUUUAAUUUGAUUAUUGUUUAGGUUAGUUUGACAAAUAACAAUAUAAUAGGCUGCAUUUGCUUGCAAAAAUGAUUUUCACUGGCAAAUUGUCUGUUACAAUGUCAAGAUUAGAAAAAGACAAUGUUUACUAUCACUCCAAAAAACGGGUGCAAUGCCACAAUAUCGUUUUUGAACGUAUUCAACACUCCCACGUUAAACAUUUGAAUAAUGCCGAGAUCAUUCGCUCACUAUUCACCCUAGAGGUAAGCGUGGGUUGAUUUACUUAAACUCAAAACAAUGUGUCCUCCAUAACCAGUCAGGUCUGUAUUGUGAAUGUUAAAGAGUGGCCCAUUCAAGACUUUCAGCUCUCUCUCUUUCUCUCUCUCUCUCUCUCUCUCUAGCCGUCUCCCCCCUCCCUUUCUUUGGCCACCGUACAAUGCUUAUUUGUCAGCAACUCUAGUUUCCUCAGCAUUGCUUGUUAUAAAGGGUGUAGGCAUUCUAAUGUCUUUCAUGUUGCUGUAAUAAAUAUGCUAAUAUUUCUAAUUUCUCACCUGGA